CCGUGACGACACGUCGUGCGAGCCCAGGACCGCGGCACCACCGACGUCAGCUCGUACCUAGGAGUUCCGAUCCGCCCGCGCAGGUAGAGCGUUCGCUCGAGAUACCGAAACUCGGGAAAUCGGUCGUGCGAGUGAUUCCAGUGGCGAGGAGAAAAAGUACGGCAGAGGAGACACGUGAGAGAGAGAGGGUAUCCGGAGGAGGCGAAGGCCGGCUUCCAGCGACGGGCGUUUCGCGAUGGCAGCGAGGCGAGUGGCCGCCUGUUUCGUGCUGCUGCACCUUGCAGCAGGGGCUAGUGCAGCAUCCUUGGAGAUCCUUCCCAGCGGAGAUCUCCAGACGAAACCUAUCGGAGUCAGUAUCAUCCUGACGUGUAAACCCUCGCAAGAUGUGGCAGACCUCAAUCUCAUCACCGACAUGCAGUGGCUGGACCCCCAAAACAGAUCCAUCGAGUCCCAAGGCGCUUACGGGUACUCGAAGCCACCGAUGUACACGGAGAUGCACCAGGGCACCAGUCUUCAGCUUUUCUUUAAUUCUCUUCAAGAAGAGCAAGCAGGUCGCUACACCUGCAGGGCGAAUUAUGCGAACACCGAAGCUCUGAGUAAAUCCGUGACGAUCGAGACCAUAGUUGCGAUCACCUGGGAAGACGCACCGGAAGAACAAUUCCCGAUCCUCGGAGAAGAUUACUCGAUCAAAUGCAAAGUUCGUGCCCAACCAUCACCCUCGGUGGAUUGGCUCUUCAACGGGGAGCUGAUCAAGACCAACGAGCACUACAUCAUCGACACCCAUGCCCUGAAGAUCAAGAACGUCCAGGAAUCCGACGACGGGGUCUACACGUGUCGAGCAUCGGUCACCACGACUGGUGAACUCCAAGAACGAGCCAUCCGCGUGGAGGUCUACACGAGGCCGGAAAUCGAGGAGCUGAACUCCCCGGUGGAGAUGACCGAGGGCGAGAGCAAAGGCAUCACCUGCAAGGCCAAAGGAAAGCCUCCGCCAAAGUUCAUGUGGGUAAAAUCGGUGACCCAGCAGGACCUAUCCAAGGCCGACCGGUUCGAGGUGAACGAAGACACCGGGACCUUGUUCAUCAACAACGUGAAACGCGAAGACGUGGGGGAGUACCAAUGCGUAGCGUCGAACGGAGCCGGCAGAGCGACGACGAACAUCCAGGUGUACGUGGUAGUGAAGCCCAAGAUCAUGGAGUUCACGAACAAGACCAUCGCCGAAGGGAACACGGUGGAGCUGCAAUGUAAGGCCUUCGGCCAGCCACCUCCGGUGAUCUCCUUCAGGAAGCACACCAUGAAGGACCCCUACACGGAAGGAAUUCAGAAAUCGGACGACAGAAUCAUCCUGACCAACCAGGCGGACGACAUGAACAGCGAGACGGUGGGUACCCUGACCAUCAACAACGCCAGGAGGUCCGACGACGGUCUGUACGAGUGCAUAGCCAGCAACAAGGGAGGCCCAGCUCAUAAAAACGUCCACCUGGCCGUGGAGUUCCCACCUUCGUUCGCGUCCAUGCCCAACAACACGGUCUGGUCCUGGGAGCAGAGGCCGGUGAACCUCACCUGCAUAGCCGAGAGCAUCCCCAACGCCACCAUAGAGUGGACCAUGAACGGGGACCAGAAGAUAGACAACAAUCCAGCGUUCAAGAAAAUCGGGAAAGGCCCUAUCUCCACGCUCGUGGUGGUGCCCAUCGAUAAGAGAUACUACGCCCAUUACAAGUGCACCGCUUCCAACCUCCACGGGACGCGAUCGCAUAUGAUCGAAUUGAGGGAGGCCAACAAACCUGGGGAAUUGUUGCAAGCGAAAAUCGUGGACAUCACGGCAACGACCAUCGCGUUCAACCUGGUGCCUCCGCCCACGCAGGAAGGUCUGCCCAUCAAGACUCUGACCGUCCAGUACAAGGAGCAGGCGCACGCCUGGACGAAUGCCAGGAACAAGACCUGGGCCGUGGGCUCCCCGUACAUCCUGGAGGGUCUGCAGCCGCAGACUUAUUACGACUUCCGGUUCAAGGCCAGGAACGAAGUGGGCUUUGGUAAUUGGGGUAAUUACCUGAAGGAGAGUACACCUAGGAGGACCGUUCCCAGCGAGCCGAUAAUGACCUCGAAGCCUCCGUCUGGGCAGGAGUACGACAGCGUCAACUACCACAAUCAGUACCAGCUGAUGUGGACCAUUCCUCCUGAUAACGGAGAGCCUAUCGACUUGUAUCAGAUCCGCUACUGCCAGAUGAAUCACGUCGCCGAUAAGUGGGAGGUCCUCGAAAAUACCUGCAAAACCGAGGACACCAAGGGACAGAGGUCGCAGCACUGGCUGAAGUAUCUCGAUUCGGACACCUUUUACAUGGCCGAGGUCAGGGCGCACAAUGCCCUAGGUUAUGGUCCAGCGGGGGUCACGCAGUUCAAGACUGCCACAGAAUCGACCGGAGUCACCGUGGACUACUCGAUAAUAUCCGGUGGAGAGACUUCCAAGCUUGCCGUGAUCGCCUUUACUUCAGCGAUGACGAUCCUAUUCGUAAAUGUCUAGCUUUGACAAGGGGACUCGCCAUUUACAAUUGCUAUUUCCCCGGGUGUGAACGGACAUUAAGGAACUCACCCUUGACAGAGUACAAGAGACCACGUGGGUCGUACGAGGAAUCGAUUGUCUUUGUUAAUCGACGCGUGGAUCGGGCGAGAUCAAUGGCUCCAUGGAUCGGUUUCCGAAGAGUGCUCGUCUAGAUCGGUCGCGGACGUUUUUACUUUUAACCCCGACCUUUUCUCUUACCAUUGAUAACAAAAAAUAGGUUUAAUUCGACACUUCAUUUCGGAUGAACGGAGGUGCGCUAUAGAUUUUACUGCCAUUUACAGUGCCAUACAAAUGAUGCCAAAACCUUGUUUAAAUAGGGAACAUACAAACGAAGUGCUGUAAAGGUGCUGUGCUGAUACUGAAUUUGUUAGGAUAAUUUUUUAACGGGUGUUUAUUAUUUUGCCGAUUUUUUUUUUUUUUUGCGUUGACAGAAAGUGAUCGAGAUCCGCGGCCGAUCUUGUUGAGGAGGACGAGCAUUUUUCGAGGAAACCCGGCAGCUCCGAUUUUUGCGGAUUUCGCAAGUGCCUGCCGAGUGCAUCUGUCGAGCGCUAAUAGCACGAUUAAUGUUUAAUCGAUUAAAACUAGGAUAAUUAGAUCGAAGCGCUACAUUCCGAGGAGUAUUUGAGAUACGUGGAGGAAAGUGAAUCUAUGUUAGUGGCGAUAGGGAGGUGAUUAAGAGAUGAGUCCGAUGAGAGGAAGGAAGCCCGGAAGAGCCACAUCUCGAAGUCGGAGGCCUUGCUAAAUCAUUGUUAAUUUUCAGUAUUCACGGUUGAAAACGUACUGGUACGUUUAAGCUGCUCGAAGAGGGAAUGACGAUAAGCGCGAAGGAAAGAGCGGAAGAUUCGGAUCGAGAGAAAGAUGCAUCUAGGACGCUGCGGAUAAAAAAAGUGCAAUCUUUCCUGCGAAAGGAAUCAGAGAAAAAAUAUCGGCGAGUGAUUUAUCAAAGUCCUGAUGAGUCCCUCUUUUGCCCCAUUUUUUUUUUUUAGGACCUUCAAAUCGAGGCUGCAGCAUCCCUGAUGCAUCUUCGCGCGACAGGAUAUCUUCGGUGCACCGUUGUACUCUAAGCCUAAAACGUGUCCUGCCUUAAAUUGCCAAAUACUUAACUGAGGCAAAAUCAGGAUAAAAAUCGGGAAGGAAUACGAUUAACGUCCUCGGGAGAUUAAAAUGACUCCGAUAACGGGACGAGCUCGUUCACGAAGAAAUCUCGGCCUGCAGGGAUAAAUUGAUAGAGGAAUAUCCGCAGUGCAGAUACGCACCGUGAAAAAAUUCCGACUAAGUCUAAUUUAAUUUCGCCAAUUCUUUUAUUCCCUCCCAUUCUUUCGCAUUUGUCCCUGCUCUCGCGGAAGUGCAUUUCGUAAAUGAAUUCGUUAAAACCCGGAGUUAAGCUCACCGCGAGAUACGCGAAGCCCGAACAGAGAGGGUGCAUUAAAUAACAUGGCGGUGCAGUUUCCCGGGACAACGAGGAGAGAGAUAUUUUUAGAGAAUCAUAUUUCCCUUCCGCGAAGAAAACGGCGGGGCUAGAAAGCGCGAAAAUCGCCAUUGCUUCCGCGAUAACGACUCUUGCUCGGCAAAAGCCGAAAGCAGCUCGCGAGAAUUGUCGAGAAAGGAAGAGGGGGUGGAAAGAAAAGUCCCUUUCAUCGGGGAGGAGUGUCGAAAAAAAAAGGGAAUCUCAAAAUGCAAGGGCUCAAUGAGAGACCCCUGCCUUGUUUCCGCAACGGCGCAGGCGCGGAAGCGUCCUCUGCUCGGCAAAAAAAAAAAAAGAAAGAGAUAAAAAUCCGUUUUUAUCGAAACAACGCAACCGUGUGUCCGCCAUGCUCGGAUCUCCGCAUUGUUCGUCCCUCUCUUGUACCUCUUCUUUUUUUUUUCUCUCUCUCUCAUUCCCUUCGCAUCUAGGUUUCCCCUUCCGCGAGCCAUCUCGACGUGCAGUUAGCAGGCCAUAUUCUUUUUUUCCUAGGAUAGCGACACGAUAACGAGUGAAAGGAAUAAAAAUCACAACAGGGAGAGGGAAAUGCCAAAAGCUCUCCGUCCAUGUUUUCCUGCAAACCAAAGAGAUUUCACCGAUAUGAUCUAUCCACGGAUCUCCGAUAGAUCGUUACACCUUAUUAAAGCGAUCCGUGGAUCGAUCGAUCGAUCGUGACGAUCGGUUCGAACCCCACCAUGGACGGAAGAAACUGCAUAAUGACUUUCCUUCAGGACAUGUUUUAUUUUCCUUUUUUUUUUUUCCCCCACUAACUCAACAUACAUUCGUUACACUUCUUUAUAUCGCGUCUUUCUCACCUUCGCAUCACUAUCAAGUGUCUUUAAUUGUUUUUCUGGAUUCCUUUUUUUUUGUCACAUUUUUUAUCAGUCAUUAGUUUCUGCUUGGUUAGUGUUAUAAAUACGUGUCUUAGUGCGCAUGAUCUGUGAAUUGCGAUUAUUGUCAUUACCAUUCUUAUGAUUAGUGACGCCAUUAUUGUUAUGACUAAUUAUAUUAUUAAUUAUUAUCGCUAGGUUAGUUGACGUACUUUAUUUACGUACUAUUAGCGUUAGUCCUUGCGUCGGCGUGUUUCGGAAGCAUCGCAUUUCUCUUUUUUAGUUAACAAUUAAGCGUUCUGACCUGGUACGAUUAUUUUAGCCUCGUUUUAAUCUUACGUUUAGUCAUUGUUCGCUGGUUACGAUCAUUGUCCUUCUCUGUUCGUCUCGUCGACCCGAGUUUUCGUUAACGUCGCUUGGCUCGUGAUAACGAUACGAUUCGAGACAAGGUUUGAUUUUCACAUCUUUUUGUCCGCCCUCCAUUGGCGCUUUCGCUACCUCGCAUGGCAUGAGCUUCAUUAUUAUCGUUAUCGAGUCGUAAGUACCGUAGGAAAUAAUGACUUCACCCCGGGGUCUCGAAACAUCGUUACUAAAACUUACAAUUUUCACGAGAAAACCCUUUCUGCCAUUAUUAAACUGCCAUUAAAAUCCCCUAAAAAAUCAUCUAGGGAUUUCCUUGGGCGAAAGUGAUGCCUAAAAUAAUGCAUAGUUUUCCUUUGAAUACAAUCUCAUUUAAAUUCAAUUUCCACCCUCUGACUAUUGAGCUUGCAAUUUUACUCGGAAUUGUUUUUUUUUUUUUAAUUAUUUUUAUUCGCAGUUUGGCGCGCCCUUAUCAGCUCGGUGGUCCCGAUUGCAGUUUGCAUUGUUCCAUUAUGCAGUCUCUGUCGAUGUCUCUCGCGAUUCCCAGGGGAAGCCAUCAUUUCUUAGAUGAGUACACGGUCAUUCCCGCGUGUCAUGCCCCUCGAUGUACUUCAGGGUCUGAUCGAUAAUCGCGAUUAGGGCGGUUCGUAUUUCACGAGGACGAGAACAAGGGGUAUCCCGGACACCUCCACUUUGGAAAUUCGAGCCUCACCCCAGGGCGGAUAUCGAUUCUCGUGUACCCUGGACAGAUUUGCGGCCGCCCGAAAGGAUUCGAUGGACGAGCAGAUUCAUUGCCACGUACAUUUGUACAUAGACACGCGUCCUUACUCCUGUCCGACUCUUGACAUGUCUCUUUUCUCGCGCCUCGCGAACUCACUUGCAGGUGAGACCAAAAGCGACCGCGAAACGAUAAAGCUCAAAGGAGAUGAAAGCGGAAAAUUCGAUAUCAAUCAGCAAAACCAAACACUUACUAACGAGACAUCUCAUUAAAUGAAAUCCCCCUCGGAAAACAAUUUCAUAAGAUUUUCGUCAUAAUCGCAUUUUUUUUUUUUAUAAUUCCACAUUUUAAAUUCCCUCUUUUUAAUCAUAGUGCUUGUCUGGCGAAAGAGAAAGAUAACUAGGGCGAGAAAUAUUGAAUAAAUGUCCAUAGUGGGUACUUUUUAAACAUACCACCGUGAGAGAUAAUUUGAUGAGAUUUUUGAGAUAAUCGUGAAAACCUCUUUUUCUUUUAACCGCUUUCGUCUCCUCUUAUCAAAGGCGCCCGAGAACUAUUGAGUCUCAUUGCGGUUUAUCGAGGGGGUGGCGCAGCGGUCUUGCGACAUCGGAAAAAUGGAUGUUUGCUCGGGAUGUUUCCCUUUGGUAUUUCUUUUUCGCGCCUCCAAGAGCUCCCGACAAUGGGCGGCGCAUAAAAAGGGCCCUUCGAAAAAGACAUCUCGUCUUCCGGUGUUUCCCGCGUCCUUCGUCACAUCCAGGGAAGACAACGGGGAUAUAUUUUCUUAUGCAGUCUUAUCCGGCGCAUAAAGGGGAGGGAUCGGUAGGGCGGGAGACGACUUUUACGAGACAUCUUCUUCCUGCCCUGUCGAGGGGUGGCAUAAAAUUUUUUACGCCCAGGAACCUCGAGAGAAGUCCUCGCGAAUUCUUCCACGUUAAUUCCAUAAUCGGCGCCAUUUUUCAUUCUUUUCUUUUUUUUUUCGUUAUUUCGAUCCCAACAACCAUCGACAAAUCCAGCCGAUUACGAGGCUCGCAUGUGCGGCGUUUAUUGCAGUCGUAACAAACGCUGCAGCGUGUCACGUGUCGCUCACGUAGCGUCAUUUGUUGCUCCCGGAGUAAACUUUACGAGGGAACGUCCUCCGAAACGCGGAUUUACGUGCCGCCCCCUCCUCCGUGUUUUAUUCCCCCCGUUUUAUUUUUAUUCACCGUUUUCGAGGCCCUCGUGCUUUAUUUCCGCCGCCAUCGCGCGUCCGAAAAAUCGAGGCGGACGAGAAAUCGAAAAUGCACGACUGGCAUGCGUUCCUUCCUUUAGACCCUGAUCGGCGAUAUUUUCUAGAGUAAAUAUGUAAUACGGUACACUAUAUACGCGUCUAUGUAUACUCGCUGAUACAUGUACAGACAUACAUAUACGUACAUAUACAUAUAGAUAUAACACCAUAGCUGUGUACAACACGCCUAGCGUACACGUAUUUAUGAUGAGGGUACAUAGUCUUCUUUUUUUUUUUCUGUGAAACACAUUGUACAUAAUCGAUACAGAAAUAUAAUGUUGUGAGCGACGAA